UCCGGACAAAUUGCUAAUUGUUUAUAAGAGGAAUUGUCCACUUUCAGUAGAUUCAAAGUGCUGAAAGUCAACGCCCAUAAAUCUGAGACUGUUCGCAAUUUUAUUAUAAUAUAUGUUUUUAGAGAUCCCAAAACAUGGACCAAACAACGUAUGAACAAACCACUGAGAAAGCUAUCGCCAGUUCAGGGUUAGGAUCGCACCGUGAAUAUAUUAGAACUGUUCCAGGUAUACUCAAAUUAACUGAAAUUGCGGUCAGUGUUCUAGUCCUGAUCUGUGGAUCCAUUGACUACUGGUCACCUUCAGGCGGAGGCUGGGUGUAUUUUGUCGGGGUCUCUGCCAUCAUUACAACACUGAUCGUUUUCUUGUUGCAUUUCUGCGGUGUGGCCAGCAAAUUCAGUCCCAAGCUCUGUUUUGUGGAGUUCUGCUACUACUGUGUGUUUGUGUUCCUGUACAUUACAGCUGGCAUUUCCUGUGCAGCCUUUGCACCUUACUUCCCAUCAGUUGGAGCUGCUGCUUUUUUUGCCUUUGUGGCUGUGGCUGUGUAUGGAGUGGACACAUUCCUUACGUACCGUGUGUGGAAAGGGAGCAUCCCAGCCACAACCACCACAACCACAUAUGAAACCAAAACACAGUACUAAAAGCUGGACAACGGUAGUGUUACUGAUGUGCUGAGCUGAUGCACUGAGACUGGGUGAUGUGCUCUGUUUCUCUUUCUAUUUAUUUACAAUUAAUUUAAUCUUCUUUUUCUUAGCCUAGACUGAACAGAACUCUUUUCUUUUGCUACCUGUAUCAUUUCUUAAUUUUAAAAUAUUAACCCUUUUAGCACUAUAGUUGUAUCAUCACCUUAUGUCAUAGUUGAUAUGUUUUUAUACCCUUUAUUUUGAGCCUCAAAACUAAGGGACCAAUUGUCAAACCAUAUUUAUAUCUUUGUUUUGUAUUUCUAACUUAUUUGUUUGUAUUUACCUAAUUUUUAAACAAUGCACAAUUUUUUAGUUAUUGUAAAACAAUAUUUGUUUACUUUAAACCUUAAACUUGUACUUUUUUUUACCUUUUUGAUUUUAAACCACAUUAAUAUAAAUAGAAUAUAUAUACACUCCUUGUUUUUGUUUGAGUUUAGGUUAUGUAAAAAGUGUAAUUUUAAAAUUAUUUUACAACACAAUCCUCUGUUUUUUGCAGAGUUUUUCACCUUCAUUAAGGCCAGCAGUAUUAUUAUUUUACUUCAUAUUCUUUAGCAAUAUUAUUAAUGAAUUAUUGGCUUAUUCUGAAAGGUCUUUUUUAUUUUAACUUUCAUUUUACCCAACAUUGAAAAGCAAUGGAUGAGCUAAGUGUUUAAGUUAGUAUUGUGUAUACAUUUGAUAAAUGUAAACCGCUUGUAUCAAUGUACCGCUCAUAGUUAUGUCAUAUGUUCAGCUGCCAAGUGUUAAUUAUGAGUUUUUAAAAACAAUGUCAUAAAUAAUUAGCCAUUAGGCAGAUCAAAGGUCAAAGAUGGGCAAAGUAACACCUCAUUGGCUCAUUAUUUUGAAGAAAGAACGACUCAUUAUUCAUAAAGACAUCAGAUCUUUAAAAGUAAUUUGUUUAACAAGUCACCUGUCUUUAUGUUAUGGGCUAACUUCAAUCUUGAAGGUGGCUAUUCAGAUGUGGUUUUGUUCCAUUUUUAUCUCUUAAAAAGUUUAAAUAAUUAAGCAAUAAUAUUUAUUUAUUUUAAAUAAAUCUCGUAACUCAUGUUAGUAUUAUAUACAAAAUUGUGUCCAAACACAUUUUAUCAAUAUUUAAUUUUUUUAUCCAUAUACAAUAUCAGUACUGCAAUUUAAAAGAUAUUAUUCAUAGUUUUAGUUUCCAUCUCAUUCUAAACUAUUCAGUUUAAGUUAUCACAAUACCAGUUAUAAUAGUUUAACAUGAGAUGCUAUUCAUACAAAGUUUGAAUGAACAACAGUGGUUUUAUGUCAAGUUAUUUUUAUCAAAUCUCACACAUUCUAGUUCUCCACUAUUUUCAAACUUGUUGUGUACAACUCAUUCCAAAUCUAUGCUCCAAUAUAAUGUAAAUAGUUUUUCUUCACAAGCAACUCCACUAGUUUAAUAUGUCUAGUCAAUAUCAAUUGAUAUUUUUUGAGAAAGCUGAGUGUAAAGUGUAUACUUUGUUUACAGUUUUAACUUAAUUCUAUGUGCAAUUAAAAUUACUUGAACAAAUUUAUCUUUUGAUAUCUUUGAUAAAGCUGAGUUUAGAAAUGUAUAUCUUAUGAAUAAUCUACAAUUUUUUAACUUUUAUUUUAUAUACACAGAUUACUUAAAUAAAUUUACUUUUAAUUUGUUAUAUAUUGAAACAAACCACUUGCAAAAAAAAAAUUCUUAUGUUACAAGAUUAAAAUGCAACGGCAGAUUUAUUAACAAUGGGGAAAACUAGUAAUUUCUAAAUUAUGUUUUUUAUUGAGAUAUAAAUGUAGAUUUAAAAAUCUGUUUAGUAAGGUCUGAAGUAAAAGUAUACUGUGUAUGUAACAUUAGUAAUUGUAUAGUAAUUGAUAUUAAAUGUGCUCAGUGUUAUUUAAACACCUUUCAAGGUUGUCUGAACUAGUUAAUAUUUUAUUAUAAAAUGUGUUAAUGUUAUUAACUUAUAUUAAAGCUAAUUUUGUACCUAGUAUCAGUACAUCUGUAGGAGCACCAAAAAACAAUAAUGAUAGCUUAAAUUAGAUAGGUAGAUAGAGAGACAGACAGAUAGAGAUAGAUAGACAGACAAACAUACAAUUUUAGCUUAUUUUUACUAAUCCUCAACACUACCACAAAAAGCUCUAUAGAUAUGUUUUGUCAUUUAUAUGUAUGACCAUUUUUGUUAGACCAUUCCAAUAAAGCAAGACCAUCAUAGCAAAUUAAGAAAAAUUCCUAAACAAUAAGCAUUUGUUAUAAAAAUGUGAUGAAAUUGUGCACUUUUUACAAAAGAUAUUCCACUAUUUAUUGAAAAUAUUUACUCUUUAGAAAUUAAAAUGUACACCUUCAUUCAUAUUUAUAAUGAUUUAUUUUCUACAACUACAAUGUAAUUGAAUUUGUAAUGUAAUAAUAAUUCCUAAUUGUUAGUAGCAUUGU